CAAACCAUCAGGUGUGUAAAAAAAAAAAAAAACCAAAAAACGAAACAAAACCAAAACCCAUUGCAAUGCUUCAUUUCUUCAAUGGUGGUCGAUGAACACGUUUUUCCAAGCACCUUUCAUUCUUAAUCACUCAUUUCCACGCUCUCUAUAAAACCCCUUUUCAUUAGCCCCAUUCUUAAACCCCAAAUUUCCAUAUUCAUUUUCCCCAAUCAGUUCGUCUGACCUGUCCUUUUUGCGCUCUCUCAUGGCGGAUCUCGGGCCCAGGUUUGAGAUCUCAUUCGCCGAAACCUUCUUGUGCAGUGCUUUCGCUGCCUGUUUCGCGGAGUUUUGCACCAUUCCUUUGGACACUGCUAAAGUAAGACUACAGCUCCAAAGGAAAGCAGGUGUGGCGGAUGGGACAACCGUGCCUAAGUACAAGGGCUUGUUGGGUACUGUUGUUACAAUUGCGAGGGAAGAGGGUCUAUCAGCACUCUGGAAGGGUAUUGUUCCAGGGUUACAACGCCAAUGUCUUUAUGGAGGCUUAAGGAUUGGCCUAUAUGAUCCUGUCAAAACUUUCUUUGUCGGCAGUGCUUUUGUUGGGGAUAUUCCUUUGUACUAUAAAAUACUUGCUGCUCUGAUAACUGGUGCUCUGGCAAUCGCAGUGGCAAACCCGACGGACCUUGUGAAAGUUCGACUUCAAGCUGAAGGGAAAUUGCCCCCCGGGGUGCCCAGGCGUUAUUCUGGAGCUUUAAACGCUUAUUUCACUAUAGUGAGACAGGAAGGAUUAGGGGCCCUAUGGACUGGACUGGGGCCAAAUUUAGCUCGAAAUGCUAUUAUUAAUGCUGCUGAGCUGGCGAGUUACGACCAAGUGAAGCAGACGAUUUUGAAAAUUCCAGGGUUCACGGACAGUAUUUUCACUCACCUCCUAGCUGGUCUAGGUGCAGGUUUAUUUGCAGUCUGUAUUGGUUCUCCUGUUGAUGUGGUGAAAUCAAGGAUGAUGGGAGAUUCAACUUAUAAAAACACGCUUGAAUGUUUCAUCAAGACUUUGAAGACUGAGGGAUUUUUUGCCUUUUACAAAGGUUUCCUUCCAAACGUGGGUCGGCUUGGAUCUUGGAAUGUGAUUAUGUUUCUCACGCUUGAGCAAACGAAGAAAUUUGUAACAGGGUCGGCAUAAAUCUGGACCUGAUAAUGGUUUUGCAGAUAUGAUACUAUCAUUUUUUCCCCUCGAGAGAUUAUUGGGCCUUCUAUUCUAUUGUUCUCUUCUACUACAGAUUCUUACGUAGAAUGUGGUUACGUCUUAUAUAAAAAAAAAAAAAAAAA